AUGUAUUGGACUGAAGUUGCCUCAUCCGAUCCCCCUCCCCCUCCACCCCAGUCCGCUUGGGGUCAUCCUCAUCAGCGCUACCCGCCGUACCGCUAUCAUCAUCAUCAGCCCGCGGUCUACUCCCCAACACGCUCCUCAGAGUCCGACGGCUCGGGCGUUUGGAUCCGUGACGACUCCAUGUGCUGUGCCUCGAGCUAUUACGCUGGUCCUAACCUCUACGACUCAGCCGCGAACACGCCCAUUUUCGGCUAUGGUUACCCUCCGGAGGAAGAUGUUUACUCUGGCGUGCACGGUGUGGGAGUAUGCAGGUUCUAUCAGACUGGACUGUGCAAGUUCGGCGAGGCUUGUCGAAAUCUGCACGUCCACGAUGGAGAGAGUCCGAGAGCCGACCCACUUUGGGAGGAAAAGCACAACAAGCAUCAGGCACGUCUUGCGACCAGAAACGUCCUCUGUGCCAUCUGCGAUGAUGAUGUUGUUGCUAGCGGUAAACGCUUUGGUCUGCUCGAGAACUGCGACCAUCCGUUUUGCCUCGAGUGCAUUAGAGAAUGGCGUGAUCAGAAAGACACUCAAGAUCGAGAGAAUCUUCGGCUGUGCCCUCUUUGUCGGGUGGAGAGCUUUUUGAUCGUGCCGUGUGACCGAUGGUUGGUGCAUGGUGACGAGAAGCUGCGAGAAGUGGAGGGUUAUAAGAAGGCUCUGUCGAGGAUCCCGUGUAAAUUCUAUCGUAUGAAGGAGGACUGCCCCUUUGGCGAAUCGUGCUACUACAACCAUGGAGGAAUUGGAGACCAGACUGCAGGGGACUGCAGGAUGAUGCAAGGCGCUGAUGGUAAAGUUAAAAACGUGCAGAAAAGUCGGCUCUGCGAUUACCUUUUUCCGGGGAGGAACGGCGAGGAAGGCGGAGGCGAAUAGCAGCCGUUUGUGGGAGGCUCGAAGUUGGUUGGGUUGAUUCUCGAUCGGCUGGAGUCUGCCAGAAGAGAAAAAAAUAUAGUAGAUCCAAAAAAAGAGCUCAGAGACGGUAUGUUGAGGGCGUAUCUUUGCGCAUGCGUGCAAAUAUUCGUUUUCA